GCCCGGCGCGGGGCAGGGCAGGGCCGCGCCGGGCUGCGCGUCGCGGGGCCGCUGGGGCUGCUCCGGGCCGCUGCUCUCCGAGGAGCCGACCGCCGGCUCCGAGAGUCCGCGGCGUUGGCAGGCGUCGCCGGAGCGCCGGCCAUGAGGACCCUGUGGAUGGCGCUGUGCGCGCUGGCGCGGCUGUGGCCGGGGACCCUGGCAGGCUGCGCCGAGGCGGGGCGCUGCUGCCCGGGCCGGGAUGCCGCCUGCUUCGUGCGCGGCUGGAGGUUGGACAGGGUUUACGGGACGUGCUUCUGCGACCAAGCCUGCCGUCUCACGGGGGACUGCUGCUUCGACUACGCCAGGGCGUGCCCAGCUCGCCCUUGCAUCGUGGGGCAGUGGAGCCCCUGGAGCGGCUGCGCGGACCGGUGCAGGCCGGCGGGCCGCGUGCGGAGGCGCCCGGUGCAGCAGGAGCCCAGCAACGGCGGCGCGCCCUGCCCGCCCCUGGAAGAGAGAGCCGGCUGCCUGGACUACUCGACGCCCCAGGGCCAGGACUGCGGGCGCUCCUUCGUCCCUGCCUUCAUAACUACUUCUGCAUUCAACAAGGAGAGAACACGACAAGCCGCAUUUCCACAGUGGUCUACACACACAGAGGAUGCCGGAUACUGUAUGGAGUUCAAGACAGAGUCCCUGACUCAUCACUGUGCUAUGGAAAACCGACCCCUGACUCGAUGGAUGCAGUAUCUCCGGGAGGGGUACACGGUGUGCGUGGACUGUCAGCCCCCAGCUAUGAACUCGGUGAGCCUCCGCUGUUCCGGAGAUGGCCUGGACUCUGAUGGAAAUCAAACUCUCCACUGGCAAGCCAUUGGCAAUCCUCGAUGUCAAGGAACUUGGAAAAAAGUUCGGCGAGUAGAUCAGUGUUCUUGUCCAGCUGUUCACAGCUUUAUUUUUAUAUAGAUUGCAAUUGCGAUGUAAAUAUUUCAGAAUGUGUUUGUAAACAUGCUAAGUAUUACUACUAAGUCAUGUUCAGUGCUUCAUAAACCUUCAAAAGCCGUUUGGCCCAAGUCUCUGAACACGUGUCAUUGUCACACUCUGGAGAAGCGAAGAAAAUUUACGGGCCAGUUCUCAAGAUAUGUAGUGCCUUUAUUUUCAUUUUUACUACACCGAGGACCUACCCUAAAGUCUCCUGUGGUUCUGUGUCCUUGGCCUUCUGUAGAGUCUUCUCAUUCAAGAGGUGGCCCACACAGCACAAAAUACAAGUCUCUUUGCACUAAAAUUACUACAACAUGGUCCAUUUAUUGGUGGGGUAGAUUGUCAUUUACGGGUAUCCAUGCUUUGAAUCUUGCAUUCUUUCUUUCUAUUCUGUAAUCUCUUAAAAUCCUCUCACUUUAAAAAAUAUAUACAGAUAUAUAUGCACGCUGUCACACAUACAUUUCCCAUUUUCCACAUAUUCCAUAAAUUGUGAAAGAAUAAUUUCAAGAAAAUAGUCACAAGUAAUUUUCAACAGGGCAAAGCGUUUAAGAUUUAGUAAGUGUUUUGUAAUGAAAAACCAACAGCUAAGUUAAAACUACUUUUUUGAAGAAGAAAUUAUCUUUUGUUAAUGGACAAGACCAAUCAAAUGUUCGUUCUAAGUCCAACUAAGUCAGUCCAAGUUCCUUAAGUGCUGUAACUUUCAUGAAGAGAAUUUUGGUACCAAUGGAUGAAACAGUGCUUUAAGUGCAAAAAUUUUACUAUCAUUAUCAUCUAAGAUUAUUUCCAAGGCUUAAAACUUGAUGCAGACUAAAGUAAUCUUUCAGAUUUCAGUUUAAACCCACUGCAAGUUUAAUCAAGGUAGACUUACUGCUUUAUUUUCUACAGCAUACAUGUUCUUAUGUUUGGGGUGGAAGGCAGAGGAAUAAAUGAUGGAAGACGUUUGUUUUAUUACAAAUGUGAUGAUCUCACACACACGAAGUAUUCGUCUUCUUAUUUUAUGAUUGGAAAACCAGCGAAUCAGAGCCAAGGGGGCUUGUUUCAGGACGUUGGAGGACACGUCAUUCUGCAGGUGAGCCACGACCUGACCUCUGCUUCCCAUCCUGACUCGGCUUGGAUGACAAGUCAGACUCUGCCAAGGACAGCCGUGAAAGCUCAGCCCUUUUCACAAUUUGGAAACAAAUUCUAAAUCUAGGGUAUCUUCUCUGGAGAACUGCAUCUUAAAAUUUAAACUUCUUUGGUUUCAUUUGUAUAAAAUAGUCUUCACUAACAAAUGAUUUACUAAAAUACAUAUUCCUUGGUACUUACCAGGUAAUGGCAGAAUGACAAUAGCAAACUUACCAAGGAUGGAAAAGUUCCCGAUAUUUGAUGCUGAGAGUAGCAGUAUUUCUGACUGUAUAUUCAUUUAACUGUCAGAGUUGUUUUUAUGGUAAAUUAUAUUUUUCAGAAAUUAAUAAUACAAACUUUGAGUCUCAUCAAGGCUAGAAACUUAAACUGUAAGUUCACUAUUAACAUUUUAAGACCAUUUCUAACAUUUGCAAAGCAAGACUUUUAAAGAUAUACCUGGGCGAUUUUAUUGUUACUUAAAAUUUUUAUACCGGUUAAUAAACUUACUGUUCACAUUUUUAA